AUGGCCUCCCCAGAGACGAACCAGGACUGCAACCCACAGCCCAAGGAAACUGGGGUUCAAGCUAUCUGCUUGAAGGAUGGUGAACUCAAUAAGUGCAACAACGCUUGGAGACCCAGAAUGAAGAGGAGCUCUCCUGCGAAGGACCCAGAAAUGCUGCAAACGGAGGGCCUCCUGCGGAACACGCGGGCCUUCUUGAAUAAACUGACUCCGGAGAGGUUCGACCGGCUGGUGGAGCAGGUGCUGGAGCUGAGCAUCGACUCCGAGGAGAGGCUGAACGGUGUCGUGGACCUGGUCUUUGAGAAGGCCAUUGACGAGCCCAGCUUCUCCAAAAUGUACGGCCAGCUGUGCCACCGCCUUGCCCACUUGAAGGUGCAGAUGGCCGAGAAAGCCCCAGCACCGAGCAGCACCGUGACCUUCCGCAGGCUGCUGCUUAACCGCUGCCAGAAGGAGUUUGAUGUGGAGAGAAGUGACGACGUGGUGGUUCAGAGGAAGCAGGCAAAGCUGGACUCUUCUUCUUCCACCACAGAGCGUGAGCAGCUUCAGGAGGAGCUGGAGGAUUUGAAGAACAAGGCUCGGAGGCGCUCAGUCGGACUCGUCAAGCUCAUUGGGGAACUCUUCAAGUUGAAGAUGUUGACGGCGGCCAUUAUUUUCAGCUGUACUUUCCAGCUGUUAAAGAAGCAGGACGAGGUCUCGCUGCAGCAGCUGUGCACGCUGCUCACGACUGUCGGCAAAGAGCUCAACACUAAUGGAGCCAAGCCAAAAAUGGAUCAGAUGUUCAACCAGAUAACAAAACUGAUCGAGGAGCGCCAGACAUCGACACAAAUCCGCUUCAUGCUGCAGGAUGUCGUGGCGUUAAAAGAGAAAAACUGGGUUCCUCGGAAGGCCGACCAGGGCCCAAAGACCAUCCUCCAGGUCCACAAAGAGGCUGAGAUGGAGCAACAGGAGGAGCAGCUCAAAAUCAUGAAGCAGCUGUUCUCCAACGAUGACUGGAGACAAGCAGGAACCUCGGUCGCUUCUCAGUACCAGAAUGAAGAAACCAGUUCUACUGCUUCCACCAGGCUCUUCAUCCCUCGUGAGACCCCCAGGAUUUCAAAGCGGCCACAGUCGGAUGAGGAGAUCCAGCUGCGCCCACAGAGUCUGGCGUUAUGGGCACGGGGAUGUCGUGGAUGGACUCCAGCUGCCAACUCUGAAACAAGAGUUUCCAAGACCGCCUGCCCCAAACCAGACUCUGUGCUGCAGUCUGCGCCUUUGUCUCAGCUCUCCACUCCCCCGACAAGACCCAGACAUGUCAGUGCUGGAAAGAAGACAGAUAUGAAGCACAGACACAGUGAGACCAGCGAGAUGGAGCGAAACUGGGUUGAGCCAAUGAAAGUGGUGGAACCAGUGGAGCCAUUGAAACCUGUGGAGCAGGUGGAGCAGGUGGGACCCAUAGAGACUGUUCAGCCAGUUCAACAGGUGGAACAGGUGAAGCAGGUGGAACUAGUGGAGCCCAUUCAGCCAGUGGAACUGGUGGAACAGGUGGAGCAGGUGGAGCAGGUGGAACCGCUGGAGCCUGUUCAGCCAGUGGAACUGGUGGAGCCUGUGCAACCAGUGGCGCUAGUGGAGCCGGUGGAGCCCAUUCAGCCAGUGGAACUGGUGGAACAGGUGGAGCAGGUGGAACCGCUGGAGCCCGUUCAGCCACUGGAACAGGCCACCGUGGAAGAAUGUCAGCUGAACUCGUCCUCCUUCAUGGGAGCUGUGGUGAAGGCAGUGCAUCAGCCCGCAGUGAACGAUAUUGAGGCCAGGUGUCUCGUGGACACAGUCAUCCUAAAGAAGAGCUUGCCACUCCUACGAAAAUACCUGGAGUCCGACGAUGAGCGACAGCUGCAGGCACUUUAUGCCCUUCAGGCUCUGAACGAGUCCCUUGGUCACCCUAGAAACUUCCUGCGGAUGUUGUUCGAUUUCUUCUACGACUGGAGACUGAUCUCAGCUGCCACGUUCCGCAAGUGGCAGAUGAGCAGAGACGAUGCCGAGCAGAAGGGAAAAGCCAAGGCCAUCGAGUCCACCAUGCCCUUCUUCACCUUCCUGCGGGUGUGUGAGGGACUCUGA